AUGGAACAACCACACUCUCAGCCUACUACUCAGCCACCAACCAUACCUAAUGACCCUACAUCCACAGCACAGCCCAACCCGGAUUGUUCUCCAAUAUUACAGAGCAAUCCUGACCCUAUUGCACUAAAUACUCUUCUCUUCCAACCUUUGGAUACCACAACAUGUAUGGAAAGCAAAAUGGCAUCAUUACAGAGCCAAAGUGAUGCCUCUUCGGCAAUUGAAGUCUCAGCUGAAACUUCCACAACAUCGGUCCCUCCUAGUGAAAGCCAUGAUGAUUCCCCUACUCCUUCUCCGAAAACUGUCAGGAAGAAGAAAGGAGGAAGGAAGCGUAAAGAGGUCAAAGCAAUACACCACCAACAUUACCUCUUCUACGGUUCUACCAGUUGCCGUAUCUUUGUCGGCUGGAAUCUUCAUAAACUCUCCCUCACCCAUCUCACCUCCUCUUCCCAAUGGCUCACUUGUGAAAUCACUACUCCUUCCUCUCCUUCCACCAUUCGACUCACUUUUGUCUACGACCAUAACACCCCAGCUGAACGCCGAACGCUUUGGACCUACCUCUCUCAGGAAAGCUCCCAAAACACAUGCACCCCAUGGAUAGUUAUUAGUGACUUUAAUGCCAUCAUGCAUGCCAGUGAUCGGACAGGUGGGGAUACCAACUGGUACUCUCAUUUGGAUGAUUUUCCAAACUGCAUUAAUCAGGCAGAGCUUCUUCAGGUUCCUUAUACAGGGAUAAAAUAUUCAUGGCACAAUGGCCAGCAUGGUGCACAUACAAUCCAGAAAAAAUUGGAUUGGAUUUUUGGUAACUCUAACUUGUUUUCUAGUUUUCCUGCAGCUCACGCUAUCUUCAUGCCUACGCACAUUUCUGAUCACAGUGCCAUGCUCUUGAGCCUACAUUCCCCUGAUACUCAUCAACAACGACAUUCACCAUUCAAGUUCUUGAAUGCUUGGACAGAAAGAGAAGACUUCUCUUCUGUUGUUAGCAAUUUAUGGUCCACACUAGUCACUGGUAAUCCCAUGUACCAGCUCACAACUAAGCUACGACUCUUAAAGAAAGAACUUAGACAGUUUCAUCGCCAACAUACCACCCACAUCAGCAGUCGGGUUGCCCAGGCCAAAAUUGCAUGGUUUGAUGCUCAAGCUUUCUUGGAUUGUAAUCCAACGUCCGCUGCAGCUAACAUUAGUGAAAGAUCCUCUGCAAAACGUUUCAUGCAAUUAUGUAAAGAUGAAGAGUCUAUUCUUAAGCAGCGAUCCAAAGUUCACUGGCUUCAGCUUGGAGACAAAAACACAAAGUUUUUUCACAAUUCUUUGCUGCACCGUCAAGUUCGAAAUCGAGUCCACAGUUUGCAGGAUGAUGCCGGUCAUGUAUUCACUGAUCCUCAGGGGAUGGGAAAGCUUGCAUCUACUUAUUAUGAGAACCUCUUAACAGCCCCCCAACCACCUAUCCAUGGAGAUGCCAUGCAUGCCUUCACCAAUCGAAUUUCAGACGAGUCACAUUCAUCAUUGUUCCUUCCUAUUACUGAUGAUGAAAUCAAAUCUGCGUUAUUCUCCAUUCCUGACAACAAAUCACCAGGUCCUGAUGGUUACAAUGCAUUCUUCUUCAAGUAUUUCUUCACCACCAGUUCUAUGCCUCGCUGUGUUAAUGCCACCCGCAUUGCACUAGUCCCUAAAGUAGAGAAUCCAUCAUGCAUGCCUGACUAUCGGCCAAUCUCUUGUUGCAAUGUUUUGUACAAAUGCAUUUCCAAGGUUCUUGAACUCAUGCAUAAUUCUCAUCUACAAAGUGGCCCGCCACGAUGUGCCAUCAAAGUUGACCUACAGAAAGCAUUUGAUACGGUGAGGUGGGACUUUAUAUUAGCAGGAUUAGAGGCUAUUGGUAUUCCCCACCAUAUGAUAAACUGGAUCCAUAUUUGCAUCUCCACGGCACAUUAUACUGUCAAUCUUAAUGGUGCACUCCAUGGCUUCUUCUCUGCAACUAGGGGUAUUCGCCAAGGAGAUCCUCUAUCCCCUUAUCUAUUUGUCCUGGCAAUGGAAGACGAUCUCAUGCUUUACUGCCAUGCCGAUACGGAGUCGGUGGGCAUCAUAAAACAUUGUAUGGACAACUUUUCCAAUCUCUCAGGCCUCAACAUCAACCAUGCAAAAAGCUCUUUAUACUUGUCUGGCGUUGAUGGGGAACUCAAAACCAGUAUAUGCAACCAGCUUGGAAUCCAGCCGGACACUCUUCCUGUAAGGUAUCUUGGUGUUCCACUCAUAUCAACAAGGCUCACACAUGCAGACUGCGUUCCACUGGUUGAACGCAUCUUUUCUAGAAUCAAGCUAUGGACAUCCACUUCUCUCACCUAUGCUGGCCGGCUUCAGCUCAUUAAGGCUGUUCUGUUUUCCAUCCAAGUGUACUGGUCUUCUUUGUUCAUCCUCCCACGUAUGACUAUCAGGAAAAUAGAAGGUAUCUUCUCAGCAUUCUUGUGGAGAGGCACCUCUCUAACUCAUACUGGAGCUAAGGUUGCUUGGCACUCUAUUUGUUUUCCUUUACGAGAAGGCGGUCUAGGCAUCAAAAGUCUCAAAACAUGGAAUGCAGCGGCUACUAUGAAACAUAUAUGGCAUCUACUGGUUGACAAGGAAUCGGUCUGGACAGUUUGGGUCAACACUAUUCUUCUUCGCAAUCGAUCGUUGUGGCACAUCAACAUCCCUUCCAAUCCUUCAUGGUCCUGGCGAAAGAUCCUACAAGCUAGGGAACAAUGCAGAGGCUGGUUUUUAUCUUGCAUAGGCAAUGGUCUCUCAACUUCACUUUGGUAUGACUACUGGCUACCGGAAGGGAAAAGAAUCAUUGAUGUAAUUUCAUUACGGAGGCUUACUUCUACUGGCCUAGCUUGGAAUGCAAGAGUUUCGGACAUUAUACAGGGCAGCCACUGGGUAUUCCCAACAAACAUACCGGAGCUUCAAUCAAUAUGGGCUGCCAUCUCCUUCCAUCCUCAUCCAACACGAGAAGAUCAAUGUGUAUGGACAGGCCAUCAUUCUGGUGACUUUUCAAUUCACUCUGCAUGGGAUAUGCUUCGGGAUCACGGACCAGCAAACUUCAUGCAUCACCUUCUUUGGUUUAAAGGACAUGUUCCUCGUCAGUCCUUUAUUUUGUGGUUAGCAAGUCUUGGCCGGCUACGUACCAUGGACAGAUUACAUGGAGUAGUAACAGAUCCCACUUGUGUCCUGUGUAACCUACAAGAAGAAAAUCAUGACCAUCUCUUCUUUGCCUGCACUUAUACCAGUUCGGUAUGGGGGGCUGUGUGUAACAGAGUUCAUAUAUAUUGGCCAUGUCUACCAUGGGAGCACUUUCUUCAAUGGGCAGCAUCAUACUACAAGAAGAAGACUGACUUUGAUCACAUAAUAGCUAGCCUUCUUCUGUCCACAACUGUUUACUUCCUAUGGCAUGAAAGGACUAAACGUGUUUUCACAAAUACUGCUCAAACAUACCAGGUGACGGCUGAGGCGAUAUACCAACAGGUUAGAACACAAAUAGCAAACAUGGACCAUAUAGGUAUUAUCCCAGUGCAGACGCUUGCAAUAUGGAACCUGCACGACGAACAAGAGCUGCAAAUAGCUACUGUUAUAGCUACUGUUAUGUUUUUAGCUAAAGUUUCUUGGGGAUUGCCCCUCGCUCAUAACCCCUCCUCAGGGUCCUGGGCUGAGAGAGUCAGAGUAACGGACACCACCACAAGGUUCUCUUUGGACCCUAUCCCCAGGCAAUCUUGUGGAACCCGACUCAGUAUACCUGAAGAGCUUCUAACAGAUUCUUCAGAAAAAUGGACAAGGUGCAUGGUCGGUUUCUGCCCUAGAUUCAAAAUGAAUUACCACACUGUCAAUAUGAUUGCUACUAGAGCCUGGAAGAAUCAUGGGUUAGAGAACGUUAUGACUACAGCGGGUGGUUUCAUGAUUUUCAUAUUUAACACUGAAGCAGCCAUGCAUGACGUUUUGGAGAAGGGUCCUUGGAUGUUUGGGGAAAAGCAAUCAUCUUGCAGCAAUGGCACCCCCAUUUUGUCUUUGAUAAGAACAAGAUAUCCAAACUACCAGUUUGGAUACGAUUACAUGGUCUACCAUUUCCACUCUGGUCUAAGGCCGGUCUAA